UAUGAAAAUGGACGAAUUUUUAAUUAGAAAAUAUGAAGUUAGAAGUUUAACAAUUUGACCUUGAGUUUGAAGCAGAGGGAAAGGUGAUGCUUUGAGAGUUUUGGACAAUUAAUCUACAAAAAAGGAUUAAUAGAUUCUGUGGAGGUCACGACUCAGCGAUCACAAAUGUCGUUGUGGUGUGGAUAAUGAUCUUCCAGUCCUUACCUGAAAUCACAAAUAACCCAUUUAUUUCUGCUAAUAUCUUGUCGAUUACUAUCUCUUAAAAAUCUCUUCCCAAAGUCCACGUCAACAUCUCACUCUCUCUCACCUCCGCUCUCGCUCGCCCGCAGACCCUCUCUGACCUUUCUUUUACUCUCUCUUUCUCUCUCUUCACAUUCACAGCGAGCAUUUCUGUAGAAAAAUUAAACGCUCUAUCUGAAAAUACUCCGUACGGUUGCUUUCUAAGUCGGAUUGAAUUCCUUGUUGAUCUGAUUUUGAUGGAGCUUUAAAAGGCGUCUUUCACUGUAAAUUGAAUGGGGAGCUAAAAUGGGUUCUCUGGAAGGUGGGGUUACGUUGAAGAGGGACCACCCUCUUCUUCGCUCUUCGUCGUCAACUGGUAGAGCUGAGAGACACCCAUUUUUACAGAGACAGAGAUCGAGGUUUUCGAGGUUUUUCUUCCUCAAAAAGCUAGAUUAUCUCCAAUGGAUUUGCACUGUCGCGGUAUUCCUAUUCUUCGUGGUACUUUUCCAGAUGUUUUUACCUGGUUCGGUGAUUGAAAAGUCGGCGAAUACAUUGGGAGAUGGGGAAUUCAGUUCAGAUGAAUUGCUGUUUCUUAAGGAGUCUGGUCUUUUGGAUUUUGGGGAUGACAUUAGAUUUGAACCUUCUAAGCUUUUGCAGAAAUUCCAGAAAGAAGCUAAGGAGGCAAAAUUUUCCAUUGCUUUCAAUACGACACUCCAACGCUUCGGGAAUAGGAGUCCACAGCUUGCACUGGUCUUUGCCGAUCUAUCUGUUGAUUCACAGCAAUUAUUGAUGGUGACUGUUGCAGCUGCAUUGCGGGAGAUUGGAUAUGUAAUUCAGGUUUAUUCACUUGAAGAUGGUCCUGUGCUUAAUGUUUGGAGAAACUUAGGACUUCCGGUUAGCAUAGUUCAAACCUGUGACAGGGCAGAAAAUAUUGUAGACUGGCUAAACUAUGAUGGUAUACUUGUGAAUUCUCUUGAAGCAAAAGGCAUCUUUUCCUGUUUUUUGCAGGAACCUUUCAAAUCUUUACCUCUUAUAUGGACUGUCCAUGAAAGUGCACUUGCUACUCGUUCAAGAAAAUAUACUUCAAAAGGGCAGAUUGAGCUUUUAAAUGACUGGAAAAGAGUCUUCAACCGUUCUACUGUUGUUGUCUUCCCAAACUAUGUUCUCCCGAUGAUUUAUUCCACGUUUGAUGCUGGAAACUUUUUUGUCAUUCCGGGUUCUCCUGCUGAAGCAUGGAAGACAGAAAGUCUAAUGGCCUUAGACAAAGGUUAUUUGCGCACCAAGGUGGGAUAUGGUCCCAAAGAUGUUGUUGUUACAAUUGUUGGGAGUGAAUUUUUGUACCGGGGUUUAUGGUUGGAGCAUACCAUUGUUCUAAGAGCUUUAAUACCACUUGUUGAGGACUUUUCUUUAUAUAAUACUUCUUCUUAUCUCAAAAUCAUUGUUCUGAGUGGGGAUUCGAUGAGUAACUACAGUUUGGUUGUGGAGGCCAUUGCUCUUCACUUGAAGUACCCAAAUGGCCUUGUGAAGCAUGUCCCGAUUGAUGCAGAUGCAGACAGUGUCAUAACUACAUCAGAUGUUGUAAUCUAUGGGUCCUUCCUUGAAGAACAAUCUUUUCCUGAGAUUUUGAUUCAAGCAAUGUGCCUUGGGAAACCAGUCAUUGCCCCCAAUCUCUCCAUGAUCAGGAAAUAUGUCGAUGACAGGGUGAAUGGUUACCUUUACCCUAAGGAGGAUAUUGACGUUCUUUCGCAAAUUGUACUGCAAGUGGUCUCAAAUGGAAAAUUAUCACCGCUAGCUCAAAAUAUGGCUUCGACAGGAAGAGAUACUGCAAAGAACCUGAUGGUGCUGGAAAGCAUUGAGGGAUAUGCUUCGCUUCUUGAAAAUGUUCUUAGGCUCCCAUCAGAGGUUGCACCACCCAAGGCUAUUGCAGAGAUCCCUCUCAAAUUGAAAGAAGAAUGGCAAUGGCAAUUGUUUGAAGCAGUAUCAAAUUUGAAAACCUUAAAUACAACUUUGAGAAGCAGCAUAUUUUUGGACAAUUUUGAGAAGCAGUGGAACCAAACUCAACGAGGGAAGGCUCGUCCUAUUCCUGCAGCUGAUGAUUGGUUUAUAUACAGCAUAUGGGAGGAUGAAAAACAAAUUGAGAUUGCUAAUUCCAGAAAAAGAAGAGAGGAAGAAGAGUUAAAGGAUAGAACUGAUCAAUCUCAUGGAACAUGGGAGGAAGUAUAUCGAAAUGCAAAAAGAACUGAUCGAACUAAGAACGAUUUGCACGAAAGGGAUGAAGGGGAGCUUGAAAGGACAGGCCAGCCGCUGUGCAUUUAUGAACCUUAUUUUGGUGAAGGAACUUGGCCCUUCCUGCACCAAACUUCUCUUUAUCGAGGAAUUGGGUUGUCGGGUAAAGGUAGAAGACCUGGGACAGAUGAUGUUGAUGGAUCUUCUCGUCUUGCACUUCUUAAUAAUGCGUACUAUCGGGAUAUACUUGGUGAAUAUGGAGCCUUUUUCGCAAUUGCAAACCGGAUUGACCGGAUACACAAAAAUGCUUGGAUAGGAUUUUCUUCUUGGAGAGCGACUGCAAGGAAGGCAUCUUUAUCUGGAAUUGGUGAAAAUGCAUUAUUAGAUGCUAUUCAAGCUCGAAGGCAUGGGGAUGCACUCUACUUUUGGGUGCGGAUGGACACUGAUGUACGAAAUCCUUUGAAACAAGAUUUUUGGUCCUUCUGUGAUUCUAUAAAUGCUGGAAAUUGCAGGUUUGCUUUCUCUGAGGCUUUUAAGAGGAUGUAUGGCUUAAAGCAUAAUUUUGACUCCUUACCUCCCAUGCCUGCUGAUGGGGACACAUGGUCUGUGAUGCAUAGCUGGGCUUUGCCAACUAGGUCCUUCCUGGAGUUCGUAAUGUUUUCCAGAAUGUUUGUGGAUGCAUUGGAUGCUGAAAUGUAUGAUGAGCACCAUUCAAGCGGACGCUGUUAUCUGAGUUUAUCCAAAGACAAACAUUGCUACUCACGCCUUCUUGAGCUGCUUAUAAAUGUCUGGGCUUACCAUAGUGCAAGGCGGAUGGUACAUGUGAACCCUGAGACCGGUGUGAUGCAAGAACAACACAAGUUCAAGAGUAGGAGAGGUCAAACUUGGAUUAAAUGGUUCUCAUACUCAACCUUGAAGAACAUGGAUGAGGACUUGGCUGAGGAAGCAGAUUCAGAUCAGCCCAAAAGACGGUGGUUAUGGCCAUCAACAGGUGAAGUUUUUUGGCAUGGUCUAUAUGAGAGAGAGAGGAGCUUACGGAAUCAGCAGAAAGAGAGGAGGAAGCAAAAGAGCAGGGAAAAGUUGAACAGAAUGAGGCGCCGGAAUCGCCAGAAAGUAAUAGGAAAGUAUGUGAAGCCACCACCGGAGGAGACAGAAAAUUCAAACACGACAUUAGUUACAGGAAUUUGACUCUGAUACUAAUAGCAUGGGAUUCGGUCAUCUAUGCAAGUAGAAGCUCAUUUGAUAAUUCUUUGUCAAUUUUUUCUUUUCAAUUUCAUUUUUUCAUUUUUGUAAUUUUUGUGAGGAAGGAUGCAUAAAUUUGAAGUCUGUAUGUGAGGGUUUGUAUGUAGAGUUUGCAUCCUUCUGGUUAUUGAUGAUGAUAGAUGGCGCGAAUUGUACAAAAACGUUGAAUCUUUCAAUUCUUUUGUUUCCCCUUUAUCCCACCCUAAUUUCAGGAA